GUUUCAGUUUUUCCGACGUAUUGCAUUGUUUAAUAAAUAGAACAUCAAUUGUGCUUCAAACAGUGGACUUCUACAACCAGACACAAGCAGCAUUGGUUCUUUCUCUCGUCGAUGCAUCUUAUUACGGCUGCCUGGCAACAGUUUAGGUGGAGAAAUUGCCCACAGUUGUGCUGUGAAUCCGCAGCGCACAGUUCCCGUAAACGUGCUACUCCGCUGUUCACCGUCGUAUGACGUCAGACUUUGGAGAAUUGCUACACUUUGCAGUAAAACGGAAAGCGAUAUUCUGCUGCAGUUUGGCCAUUGACUACACCAGGGACGGUCGGUCCUUUUAGGCAGGCUUUUACCUGAAAAGAAAACAUUCUUCCUCGCUCAGAUACAGCAUCGUUCGAAGUGGCAGCUUGGCAAUUGACUGGUCGGUUCUUGGGAUUUAAACGACGCGCUUCCUUUACAUCAUCUCCGGUCAGGCACGAUAUCUGGACACGCGGUGGUGAGCGCUGGACGGUGCCACACGCACACUACCACAGCGAAGCCACUCAUUGGGCAGGCAAGAAAUAAGAGAAACGUGCCAUUUGAGCGACCAAUCGAAGACUAUGGACUCCGGAAACUCGCAAGCCGCAGCGGCAAACAUCUUUUCAUCCGUCAAUCCAGCGGCUGGAUUUACACCAGGGAUGAGCUCGGGUGCAGCUGGCCCAGGACACCAACCGCAGUUGCAACAACAACAACAACAACAACAGAAGCAGCAGCAGCAGCUUUAUCCAACGCAAUGCUCGGCGAUCGAUGAACGAAGUGUUGGGAAAAUAGCGAUACGUGUGCCAACAAAGGCACGUGUCGACCCUCCGAGGACGCCACAAAUGCCGAACAGUCAUCCUUCGAUGGCGAUCGAUGAGCAACCGAUGGUAACGAUCAACAACAAGGGCCAGGGCUGCAACAGGACGGAGCACGUUGCUGUUGUUACUUCUGCGGUUGGCGUACCGCAGAUGGCGAUGAUGGUAAUGAGCAAUAGCUAUGGAGGCACCGUGUUUCCGGCGCAGCAUCCCGAAUUGAAGCUAGCCACAGGAAGCGGCAUGACAGCCGUGCCAAGUUUUGUCGUAGGUCGGCAUGCCGACCAAUCAACAAUGAGCGGUGUUCGUGGAAUGAUGUGCGAAACCGCCUCACAGCAGCAGCAGCAGCAACAGCAACAGCAACAGCAUCAACUGGGUUUAUACGAUGUUCUGAAAACUCAGAUCAAUACCGGAAUCAGAGUGCAGAUUGGUAGCACUGACAUAAUGUCCGUGCCACAACCUUUGCAGCACCCAACAACGAUAAUACAACAGCAGCAACAAAAGCAGCAGCAACAGCAACAGCAACAGCAGCAACAACAGCAACAACAGCAACAGCAAUUACAUCCACAAACGACCAGUGGAAUACAAUUGACUGAUGGUAGCGGCCAGAAUCGCCAGUUGAUACCGGAAGUCACAUCGUCAGCGGUAGUCACACCAGUUUUACUACCGCCUGCACCAAGACCUGGUACUGUUCUGCAUCAAUAUCGUAAGAUUGCACCGAAACCAUCAUUGGCACCAUCGAACCCGUCGGUGGCUCUGCAACAAGCGGCCACCACUGUAAUAAAGAAUGCCAACGGGGCACCAAGUAAUCCGAAUUUGAUCACCUAUGGUACCGCAGUUCAGAUAAGGGCCGCUGCCGGUACCAGUGCCAACACCGAGCAGUUAGCUUCAGCCCACAGUGGCCCAAUCCCAAAACCGUCCGUCAUUCAAAGGCAUCCCAACGUACACCCAAUAGCUGGUCCGCAGGUAAAAACUAUCACGAUGCCAUCUAACACGGUCGUUUCAUCCCCGUCUGUAGUAACGGUAGCGGUCUCUGCAUCAUCAUCUGCCGGAGGUGGAACUUCACUCCUACUCAAUAAGCAAUCAUCGCCACAUAUGCACCAACAGCAGCAACUACUGCAGUCUCUCCCAACACCAGUUAGUAACUGCAACAGCGCCUCCAGCUCAUCACUGGUCAACAAAGUGCUCCUUCCAAAUGGCAGCAUUAUCCCUGCUACUCAGAUAGUCAACAGUUCCAUUGUCCCUCCGCUUUACAUGCCGUCGACCAAGGUGGGAACCAGCCUUCUGAUGAAGCCAGUCAUUGUCAGUAGUGCUGGCGGUGAUACUAGCGAACAGCAGACAGUAAAACGCAUUCCAAUCGUGCUGCAGCCUUCGCCAACGGGACCGGGAGCGAUAAAUAUUCAGCAGAAACAUGUACUAGCACCGUUACCGAAGUUGUCUCCGUUCACAACGAUGGCAACGGCUACUGUUGCGCCCUCUAAACCGAGCGAAUUUUCAGUACCGUUCCCUGUGCCUGAACUGAAGAGCUCUGUUGGCACUGGAGGCAUGCUAGUGCAUACAACCGUUCCCAACAACAUAAUUACUGCAACUAUAAAGAACCACAACAACAAUAUUCCCUCUGUCAUUCGGAAGACCACAAUUGAGGGUUUACCAAACGUUGAAAUUGUUGCUAGAGCAGAAAGAAUUGUAGAUACGGAAGUAACCAACGAUGAUGGUAGCAAAAGGGAUGAAACCUCGAUCAAUAAUGGACAGAAUGUUACAUUAAACACUGCCCGUCCAGAAAUAAUAGCAGAUUGUAAAGAUCAAAAUGUAACACAAGAUGGGGCUGCAGCCAAGCUCCCGGCUGUCACUGCUAACCGCUCACGGGUUGUGGAGCUUCAGAUCGAUUCCGUCGUUAGCAGGGUGGUGAUCGACGAAGGACCUCGUUCUUCUGUCAUUGAACCAUCUGUGAACGCAUCGGUUGCUACGCUUAAGAAAAGUGAUCGCUUGCUUAAGCGAGCUCUUUCAACGACAGAGAUUGAACCGGCAAAAAUGGUAGAACCAGCGCCUAUUCCCAGCAAUUCUCAAAUUAGAACCCGGAGGCCUUCCGCUAUCCCGACCGAUGAAAUGCUGGUUUCGCUCCUUAAGCAAAAGUGGAGUCAAAUGAAAACCAACAAGCAGCAGCAAUCUACCGCUGCGUCACAUUCAUCUGUAACGGAAGCAAGCAAACCCACCGCUAGCGUAGUCGAAAUGAAGCCCAACGAUUCGAUUGCCACGGAACUGCCGGUCGCAAAACCGGAUCUGCUUUUGAUGUGCAACGAAACGAUUGAGCAAACGGAACCGGAGCAAGUGGUCAAGUUGGAAAAGCCAGAAUUGGGGACGAAGAAAAGACGUAAGCAGCAGUUCCAAAGCAUUCGCCAACCGGUUGAAAAAGAAAGACCGGAUGUAGCAGUGAAGUGUGAGAGUGAUAAGACAACCAACGUGUGCCAUCCGAAUAAACCAUCGAUUGUUGGUAGUGACAUUGGUAGUGUGAGGACCAUGUCCACCUCCUCGGAAAGCACUGUCGGAAAACAACAGGACACGCAAGAGCCCAAUGAGCCCAAUGAGUCCAAUGAGCCCAAAGGCUCGGCAAAGAGAAAGCAAUCCCUGCUGAAGACAAAGAAAGGGGUCGCUACUGAUUCUGCCAGCGCACCUGCUGCAGCAGCAACAACGGCUCGUGGCAAAGUUGGUCGCAAAGGAAGGGGAAAGGAACACACAGCGUCCGAGUCAUCGUUCAGUGUGCAGGAGGACAAAGAUAGUAAAGAUGAAACCAGCGGUGGUUACAUUGUGGACACCUCGACCGCCGCUGACCAUCUUCGUUGGUUCGAUGGUAUCGGCUAUCUGACUCAGAGUUCGAUGCACUUUGAGUUCAACCAUUUCGGGCUGGUACUGCCGAUGGCAGAGAAAGACUACGAGUGCCAUUGCGAAACCGAUGUGUACACGGCACUCGAGAAACCGCUCGCCAAACGUAGCCGAAAGGAAAUUCAUCCGAUCUCAGACUCGCAACGGUUACUGAUAAAGGAAGAAGAAAAGGAACAAACAAGUGGCGGAACGUCGGUUGCCAAGCGGAAGCGUAAAGCUUCCGGUGCUUCCAGCAAAAUCGAUCGCUACUACUGCAUGCAAUGCGGUCAAUGUGGCCGCGCGGUGGACUUUGUUACACCCGAAAUCUGUAGCCUCACGUGUCUGAAAAGCUCCAAAAAUAAGGUUCUCAUCGAAUACAUCAAGCGCUCGACGCACGCCUCGAAUAUGCACCAAACGACAAAGAUUCAGGAAAGCGCGACGAAUGCAAAGAAGAUUGCCGGUUCAAAUACCCGUCGUUCGGCACGGGCAGCGACAAAGAAGCUGCCGUCCGAAAAAACGGAGAUGCCUACGGCCACUGGCACGACGACAACGAGCGAUGACGACUCGAUGAGUUCGCUUAGCCUCAACUCGAGCGCUUUUCUGAAGAACUCCAAGAGCGAAAUACGUUCCCUGCUUCCGUCGCCUCCAAUCACACCCAGCAGCAACGGUAGUGCUGCUAGUGGUAGCGUAAGCAGCACGAGCAACAACGAGGAAGAAACCGUCGACUUUAGCUGGGACAAGUAUCUAAAGUUGUGCAACGCUGAAGCGGCACCACAGGAGCUGUUCAGCGGCUGGAAGGUGAUGCUCGAGAACGUGGCCAAUCCGUUCAAGGUGGGAAUGAAGCUGGAAGCGAUCGAUCCAGAGAACAAUUCCCUGUUCUGCGUGUGCUCGGUAGUGAAGGUGCGCGGUUACCGGAUGAAGCUUCACUUCGAUGGCUACCCAGAGGAUUACAAUUUCUGGGUGAAUGCCGAUUCUCCCGAAAUCUUCCCGCCCGGUUGGUGUAGCCAGACGUUCCGCGCACUGCAACCACCGCGUGGCAUGAAGAGUGAAGCGUUCCACUGGAGCCGCUAUUUACGCGAAACCAAUGGACUCGCACCGCAGACAGCCUGGUUCCGGCAUGUCACCGUUGAGGAACAGGACACAAAAAAUAAGUUUGAAAUCGGAAUGUCGUUGGAAGCGGACGAUCUCAGAAAAUCAGGGAAAGUUUGCGUGGCGUCCGUUGCGGACAAGCUCAAAGACCGCAUUCUGGUGCAUUUCGAUGGGUGGGACGAGCGGUACGAUUAUUGGGUCAGCAUUAAUUCGCCCAAUAUUCAUCCGAUUAACUGGCAUCAUAACGCUAACGAACAUCUGAUCACACCGCCCGAUACGGCUCCACGCACCUUCGAGUGGGGACGGUACGUGCGAACGAAGGGACGUAUUGAGAAUCGAACGGUACACCCCGCCAGUAGGUUUCUGUUCAAUACGCGCAAUCCGGUUGGCUUCAAAGUGGGCCAGAAACUCGAGGUUGUCGAUCCCAUGCAGGAGCAACUGAUACGACCGGCCACGAUCGUUGCGAUUGAUGGGUACGAGAUUAAGGUGUGCUUCGAUGGAUGGCCCUUGAGUUAUGGCUUCUGGAUUGAAGACGAUAGUCCUGAUAUCCACCCCAUUAAUUGGUGUUCCUUGACCAAGCACCCACUCGAAGUGCCUCCAAAUUACAUGAAGCAGCAACAAGCAUUGCAAGGCGCGACAUCCGACGUGAUUGCAGAAGCGCCAACAGGAGGAAUAGUAGGCAAGAUUAUGUGCGAGACUGGAUUUUGCCAGGGCAAGGGUAAUAGUAAAUCAGUCGAUCGUGCUAAGCAUGAUCGGAUUCAGGAGUGCCCGUACAAGAUAAGCAACUGGAACAACACGGAACGCAAGAAGCUUCGCAUCAGCAAUGAUCAAAUACAAAAGUACAUCUAUACUAAAUCGAAUGCACCCGAUAUCGAUGAGUAUGGUAGCCAGCGAUCAAAGAGAAAGAGCGCCAUGAAUUGUCCCUCAUACCGUGCACACAAAAGACCUGAUGCUGUGGAGCUUCCUGCGGUCGCGUCUACCACGGAUGAUUUGGAAGUUCCUGUGAAGCGUAUUAAACAGGAACCGGAGGAAGUUGAAGAAAAAGAGACAGAGGAAACAAUCGAGCUGCCACCUCCUGAACAAGCCUCGGUAUCUGUAGCGGCACCACAAUCCAGCCGUGGUCGAAUGGAAUCAAAGCGUAGCCUGCUAAUGGAGGCCACGGCAUCGCAUUAUCAGGAAGCUCCCCAAUCUUCCAGUUACGUGCCUCCAGCGAAGCCGGCCGCUUUAAAAGCAAAGGUAGCAUCGAGGCGCGGUGAAGAGCCACAGCGGCAGAAUGCGCGACCACGCCCAUCACCACAAAAGACAAACAGUGAUGCGGUCACCCAACAACGACGGCUGCUGGAGAUUGCAAAGCCCGUGAUCGAAGGUUAUGGACCACGGUUGCUUCAUGCGUACGAGCUGUGGCAAAAGCAUUCACGUUUUCUCGACCAUUGCACGGACGCGUAUGGAGAGCAGCAGAAGAAUCCACUGUGCUGGUCGAUCGAUGAGACGGCACAAUACAUCAAACAGCUGCCUGGUUGUGACGAGUGUGCCGUGAAAAUCCGCCUCGAGGAGAUCAACGGCAAGUCCUUUCUCAGCUUCAGCCGUGACGAUCUGGUGGAGUACAUGGGUUUCAAGGUUGGGCCGGCAACCAAGAUCUACAAUCGUAUCAUCAAGCUUCGUCAGCUAGUUACGAGCAAAUUUAUCCAACUGUAGUACGGUCGGCGUGCAUAAUUGCUGAUCAAUUGUAUUGCUUCUGAUUUUCACUUUUUUCAUUUUAAUCCAUCUUUUCCAAUUUAGUUUUUCAAGAAGGUAGUUUAUUAGGCAAUUUUAGAGCAAUACAUCCCUAUACAUAUGAAUAUCUAUAUACCACUAAUCCGAACCAAUCUAGCUUAUCUGCCAUGUAAGGAUGGCGUACAGGCGAAUAGAAGUUUACUUUAAUCUAUAUUUUAGCUUACCUACCUUUUCCCAUGCCUGUGCCAAUUUGCAGCGGGUACGGCAUUAAGUUAUAUAUUGUAAAUAGAGUAUAGGAAGAAAAUUCAACAUGAAAAAAUAGUACAGAACGAACUUUCCCCAACGCUUUGAAGCCAAGAGAUUAGCGAGAAGUGAAAGAAGAAUAAGGUAAAGGAACAGGUUGUGUAUAAAUAGGAAGAAAUGAAGUGAAGAAAAUCAAACCGUUUACGGAUGUUUAAUUUAUAUUUCCAGUCAGCGGUGAAACAAUUGAGAAUGAGAAUAUGAA